AUAGAUUGGCUGUUCUAUAAAACCCAAAAUUUAAGGAAAAUCUUCAUUGUCAAACUCAUAAAGCGACCACCCUCUAAUUUCAAGCCCACGCACUAGCAAACUAAGUCUCAACUGAGAAGAUGGACCAGGCCCCAUCAACUAGCCCAUAAAGAUAUCGCCAGAGUUUUACGAUGAAAUAAAAUGCUUACUAGGGUUUCCACGCUAUAAAAUUUCCAGCAUCGCCGCUCAGUCGAGUGUUGUUGAGGCGGCAGUGGAACUCGCUAAGGUUAGUGCCUGCCGAUGGUUCUUGCUCUGUAUUUCACCAGAAUCUCACAAAGCCCCAGUUCCUUCAUCUUUGUCAUCUGAUUAUCGCGUUUUCUUGGUUGCAGCUUGAUCGAUAGAAAAAGAAUUCGUAGGAGCUAAUCACCAACAGCCAAAAAAUGUCGGGUGAAGAAGUUGCCGUCGAACAGCCUGAGGCUGUUGCAGCCCCUGCUGUCCCUGCUCCGGGUGAGCCGAUGGACUUGAUGGCAGCCUUGCAGCUGGUGCUGAAGAAGUCUCUUGCACAUGGUGGUCUGUCAAGGGGACUUCAUGAGGGCGCCAAAGUGAUUGAGAAGCAUGCUGCUCAGCUUUGCGUGCUGGCCGAGGACUGCAACCAAGCUGACUAUGUCAAGUUGGUGAAGGCUCUCUGCGCUGACCACAACGUCAACUUGAUGACUGUGCCUAGUGCCAAGACCCUUGGUGAAUGGGCUGGGCUCUGCAAGAUUGAUUCAGAGGGCAACGCUAGGAAAGUUGUUGGAUGCUCAUGCGUUGUUGUCAGGGAUUAUGGGGAGGAAAGUGAAGGGCUUAAUGUAGUUCAAGAGCAUUUGAAAGCGAACUAGAUAGUGUACUUGAUGGACGGGCUGUGAUGUUACAGGAGCCUGCACCGAGUUGUUUUUGUUUCCAUCAAGUUAGAGUAAAGACCCUCUAUUUCAUAGAUUAUGUCUGAACUUUGUUCUUGUGCUGGAUUUUUAUUUUUGGUUCUCCGUUGUAUGCUACUUUAUUACUUGGAAGCAAGAGUCUCGAGCUUUUUUGGUGGUGAAGAUUAAUUGACUUUUAAACAAGGUGUUUGAGAGCUUCCUGGUGCAACGUAUGGAUUUUAUGUUGGUAUCUAUUUCAAUUGGUGUGGCCGGUUCAAUGGAAUCUGCAUACUUGCGAAGUAUGGGUUCACUCUGACCAACUUGUUGCUCUUAUUUAGCAAGAGAUUGAAUUUUCUUAAACAAACCAGAAACUUCAAACAAAACCGUAACAAUGUU